AUGCUUAAGGCGGUAUUCCUAUCUCUACUAGUGCUCGUCUCGAUCGUCUUCACUGCCUAUGCCGACAUGAGGGCUAAAAGAGCGAUCAAUCCGUUCCUCGACUCAAUGGGAAAGAGAGCUCUUAAUCCGUUUCUGGAUUCUAUUGGGAAGAGAGCAUCACAAUACCAGCCAUACUAUGGAUAUGAAAAGAGGUACUUCGACAGCUUGGCAGGUCAGUCUCUCGGGAAAAGGUCGAUUCAGACAUACGACGCCUAA